CCCUUCUCAUCGGGGGCAAUCGUACGUCCGCGGUCCGAGGGGGGAAGACAUGAGUGAAAUAACGCGAGCGGUUGCUAGGUGUCACGGUCACGAGUGGUGAGCCGCGGUGAGCAUCGGACGACGGGCCGGCCUGCCUGCCUCUCUCGCGAAUCUUCCCUUCCCGUACGUGUGUGAUUUCCGCCGCAGGCUGCGCGAGAAGAAGCUCGUCUUCGUCGUUUCUCGUCCUAGGAACCCCCCCGGAAAAAGAAGAAGAUUGGAAAAAUAACGUGAACUAACGAGGAUUCGCGAUCGCGAAGCGUCGAGUCGCCGGUUGCCUUCCCAUCGCAGCGCUCAAUUUCCGCGACGAUCCGCACCGUUCGGGCUUCGCGAGGCCGAAGGCCGGAUGACCACGCGGUUUUUCGAUUCUCGUUACGCAGCGACGCACUCGACGGAGAAGCUCGAGGAGAUCGGCGAGCCGCAGCGCACAAUGUCGUAUCAUCGCGGCGGGCAGGCGGGCGCCGUAGCGGUCUCGUACAGCACCAGCCCGAUGGCACCGCACUCGCCCAGCCGAAGAUAUUCGAGCGGCACCAGCGGCGGUGGCACCACCACCUCCGCCCUCGGCGGCACGACGUCCAAGUUCAGCAGCUACCGCUCCACCGGCUCGUCCUCGAUCCUGGACCGGCCCACCAGCUUCUACACGCCGUCCUCGAGCUCGGGUCUGCGCUCCAAUUACAUCCCCUCGGAGUACAGGCGGUCCUAUUGCGCGCCAGGAAGCUUCUACACGUCGGCGUCUACCGGCACGAGCGUCCGCAGGAACUACUCAUCGGAGUACAGUCGAGCCACCUGCUCACCCGCAAGGUCAGUCUCGUCGUCGUCGUACGGCGAUACGGGCGGCAGCAGCGGCGCCGCAUUAGCGACAACGAUCGUUAACGGCACCGUUAGCGGCAGCGGUGGCAGAUACGUCUCGUCCACGUCGAGCACCUCGGUCACCUCGUCCACGUCCUCGUCGAGGGAGCGCAGCAGCAGCACUGUCGACGCGACCGCCGACAUCAUCAGCAGGUACUCGCCGGCCAGUUACGUGCCCAGUAUUCAACGUCAACAACAACAGGCGAGCGGUAGUGGCAGCGCGCAUCACUGGCGGCACCGUUCGACGUCGUCGUCCCUGAACGAAUUGUUUGGCGGUGACGAACGCGAGGUCGAGCGCCGGGAUCUCCGCCUGGAGUCCUCGCUCUCCUCGUCGUCCUCCUCCUCGUCCGUGGCUGCCGGGGCGGCGGCCGGUCUAUGGUCCAAGUCCGGCAAGAGGAGACCGCCUACGAACAGCACGGUGCUCACCACCGUCGGCGGACAUGCACGCACGGACAGCAGCGCCGUUUCUCUCGUCGAGGUAACGACCACCGUCGACGAUCACGUUACCCGUAAACCGAACGACGACGACGACGAAAACGACGGUACCAAGGACGACGACGACGACCAGCAUAACAACAACAGCAACGUCGGCAACACGGGGCGCGAGGGCAGCGGCGAGGAUAUCGCGUGCGGAUACGGCGUUAACAACAACGACGACGAGCGCGACAACGACGACAACGACGCGGACGGGGACGGCGACGAAAACGAGGACGGCGACGACGCGAACGACGACGACGAUAAUCUCAACAAUUGCCACCGCCGCUUCCACCAGCAGCGUCGCCACCGACCUGACGAGGUCUCGCCUGUUAAGCGUAACGUUCUCUCGCCAGCCGCCGCCGCCGCCGCUGGUGGUGGUAGUGGUUUGAUCGGUGUCAGUAGCCUUGACCUGUUAACUAACCUCGCUACUAAUCCUCAUAACACCGAGCUGCUGAUUAAUAACAACGCUCAGGACAAGGUGACAAGUGGGCAGGAGGAGGCCGAGAUUACGACGAGCAACGAGGUAACGCGCGGCGCCGACGAUGUCACGUCCAUCGUCACAUUUGUGCAACGCGAUCGCGUCAGCGACCGGGAUAUACCCGAGGAUGGCGAGCUGGAGGAGAAUAACGUAUCCAAUGGCACGAACGAGAGCGGCUUCGGCGGUACGAUCGACAACGUAGCCGGUAGACCGUCCGUCACGCACGGCGACGACCCGUCCAUCCCUUCGACGUCGAGGCGAACGGAUCAGUCUGGUCUUUUCUCGAGUGCCACGGGCAGCAAUCUGACAUCAUCACCGACGAAUCCAUCCACGGCGCAUCAGAAUAUCUAUCGCGGAGUCAACGAGCAAUACGAAGGAAGUCCGACUAACAGAUCGUCGCGUAGUCGUCUGCAGGCUCUUCGCGACGAACGAUGUGGUCUAAACGGCUUACGGAAUAUUGGAAACACCUGUUUCAUGAACAGCGUGAUCCAGUGCUUGAGCAACACGAGGCCUCUGUUAGAGUAUCUGCUGAACGAGCAACAUUUGGCCGACAUAAAUACUACGACAUCCAGCAUGAAGGGCGCUCUAAUCAAAGCGUUCAGUCAAGUGAUUCACGAAUUGUGGGAGGUGGGCGGUGAUCACGUGGUGAACACGACCGCGCUCAAGUCUCAGAUACAGAGAUUCGCCCCGCGUUUCAUGGGCUACAGUCAACAGGACGCUCAAGAGUUUCUCAGAUACUUACUGGAGGGUCUGCACGAGGAUGUCAACAGAGUCAUCACAAAGCUACCACCCAUACACGGAGACAUACCUGACAGUUACACGGAUAUGCAGAAAGCGGUGGAGAGUUGGAAGCGAUAUCUUCGCAGCGAGGAUAGCACGAUAGUCGACGUUUUCGUCGGGCAGUUACGUUCAUCUUUACGCUGCACCUCUUGCGACCAUGUAUCGGUCACCCUCGACCCGUUCUGGGACCUAAGUUUGCCGAUACCAGCUAGAAGCGGCACGGUAAAGCUGAGCCAAUGCUUGGAGCAUUUCACUCGAGAGGAGGUGUUGGACGGCGAUGAGAAGCCAACAUGUUCAAAAUGUCAGAUGAGAAGAAAGUGCACCAAGAGCUUCAGCAUACAGAAAUUCCCGAAAAUUUUGGUUAUUCAUUUGAAACGUUUCUCUCCGAUGGAGCGCUUUCGCGGCAAGCUGAACGUGAUGGUGGACUUUCCGUUGACGGGUUUGGAUCUCAGUGCCUUUGCCGCCCCGAGAGUGCCGGGCUGCACGUACAAUCUAUACGGGGUCGCGAAUCACUCAGGCACCACGUACUCCGGUCACUACACCGCGUACUGCAAGCACCCGUACUCGGGAGAAUGGCAUGAAUAUAACGACAGCCGAGUGUCCGGCGUGUCAGCACGAUCGGUCGUUUCCAGUGAAGCCUACGUACUGUUUUACGAACAACAGCCUCACAGUUCACACUUGUAACCUUACGCCAUACCUAGAGAGUAAAAAAAAACAACCAUCUUGCCUCUCUCGAUACCUCAGCUCAGCCUAGUAAAACUUUUGUCUUCUGUACGUAUUGAAAAGCGACUAAACACUGAAAGAAACUGAGAGGGGGAAGACCGCGCCGCGGAUUGCCCUUCUCCUGGAACAAGUCCAACGUGACCUUUAUUGGCGAUAAUCGUGUCUCUUCCCGCAAUACGUUUCUCGACGUAGCGUCGCAUGACGUGUAACGUCUUUCACAAAGAGAUUACGCAUCCGUAAAUCGAUGUAAUUGACGAAUUCAACGUGAUUGAUAUCGAUAUACACGCGCUUUUUGACGUGGAAAAUUUACUUCCGCGAAUCAUGUUUGAAAGAUAUUGAAAAUUAUUUUUUUACGUAAUGUUUUGCGAGACCUAAUUUAUACGUUAUUGCAAUCGUGUUUGAAAUAGAAGACGAUGUUGUAUUUAUUCACGCAUUAAAAUGGGGAAUGUUUCUAACUGGAGGAGAAUAAACGAAGGUAACGGGGGUCGCCAAAGAUCACACAUUACACGUACAUACACACAUACACACGCAAUGCUUCAGAUGUCUAGUUACUUUUGAAUAGACAAGUAGUGGACACACAUCUCUGUCUCUUUUUCUCACUCUUCAUUGAACACGUGGCAACAUACAGCUAUUUACUUUUGUAAAAUAUUUUGUUUAAUACAUAUAACCACAGUCAAGAGUUA